GAUUAUACUAAUAAAACUAAUUGCUUUAUAAAAGUAAAUUGUUACUCAGUUUUUUACAAAUACAUUUUCUAAAUACAGAAUGACAGCAGAAACCGGCUUGAAAUUUAGCCAAAGGCUUGGUUUCAUAAGUAAUACAGUUUUUCAUCAACUGAUCCUCAUUAUAUUCGUUUAUAUUUCUUAUGUUAUAAUAAAAUAUAACGAUCUAAAUCCUACAAGAAUUAUUCAUUAUUCUUUCAGUACUGGAGCUUAUAUACCUUUGAUGGCAGAAGGAAUAAUAUUAUUUAACGAAACAAAUACAUGGUCUUUUCAAAUAAAUAGAAGUAGAAAAGCUUGGAUACAUGGAGUUUUAUUAUCUCUUAGCCUUAUCCUACUUACUAUUGGUAUAGCGUUUCAAAUUAAUGCCAAAGAUGAUCAUUUUAAAACUACCCAUGCUAUAACAGGUUUGGUCUCAUGGAUCUUAUGUUUUGUACUGACAUUAACAGGAGUUAUAACUAUUUAUUCACCUAAAUUGAAGAAUUAUGUGCGACCAGUUGUUUUAAAAACAUUACAUUCAUGUUUAGGUUUGUCGUGUUAUACUAUUGGAAUGACAUCUAUCAUUCUAGCAAUAGACAAAUCAAGCUUUACUAGUUACGUUUCCGACACCGAAUUAAUAACUAUAAAUUCGUUGGUUAUUCUUCUUACAAUUUGGAGUGUGAUAGAUCCUUAUAUACAACAAGGAGUGCAUUCCACUCAGCACCAACGACAAUAUAAAGCGGAAGCUUUAAGAGGUUAUGUUAUAAUUUGGUUUGGAGCUUCGAAUAAUCAUCAAGCUUCUAGUAAAAAUAUCUAA